AUGAUAAGCGAAGGUAGAGUAAAGCAGUUAAACAGAAGGGGUAUACGGUAACACGUAUUGUACCUGGCAUACAAGCUAACUGUCAGCUUUUUCUGUCAGGUGCAAUAGGAAUGGAACAGUGUUAAAUAUUGUGGUGGGACAAAGGGGAGGAGAUUCAGUGGAGGUUAAAGGCGGACAAAGCACUAACAAAAUAGCAGCUCAACUAGGAGUGUCCGUGGAAGACAAUGCUGGCACUGGAGGAGGGGGAGCGGGUUGGUUUGGUCAAGGUUGUACCCGACUAAGCUCCUCCCAUGGGGAAAGAGGUGGAUCUAGUUCUCAAGCCUGGAUCGGUGGUCGAGCCGGAGGUAUGAAUAGCGGUAAUAACGAGGGCCCUGCACCAGGAACAGUUGGUGGGUUUGGCGGUGGGGGAGGUGGAUCAGAGGAUAAUGGUGCAUCAGGUGGAGGUGGUGGGUACUCUGGGGGAGGUAGUGGUAACCGUGAAAAACAAGCCGGAGGCUGA